UACAUGUACAGGGCGGAGCUUCUCGUGUCGUGUAGCAUUAUAACACUGACAGCGCAACUAGUUGUGUGCAUAGUGCAGCAACUCAAAGGCUACAGAUCUCGACGCCGGGUUAAGUCAGCUUACAACCUAGUCCAAUUACCAUGAAGACAGGAGAUUUCCCUCUCCAGCGCUGACCCUGAAUGUGAAUGUUUCCUCAUGACUCGGGAGACUGACAGCAGCACGAACGGAGAUGCGAGCGACGCGCGCGCGUGUCUUCUUGCUUUCAGGAGGAGAUCGACUUUUCUCUUCGUGUCUUUAAGACGUUUGCUAUUCAUCCAUUAAAGAACUGCGAGCGGGAUUCUCUUAAGAUUAGACUUUUCUUGGACUAACCUUCUUACCAUGGAGACGCACACGGACGUCUUGCUGGUCACCGCGAACGUCGGCUCGCUGUUUGACAAUGUGGGUGAGAUUGAAGGAGACUGGCUGCGAGAGUUCUCGACGGUGCACAAGUAUAAGCCGCGCUUCAUUGCCCUGCACUUUCAAGAAGUCGGUGGAAAGGACUAUACGAGUAACAUGGACCACGCUGAGAAGUUUUUCCGGACCAUAGAGACCAGCCCUGGGAUGGCAGAUUUUGACAGAGCAUGUGUCUAUAUAGACAAUGAUUUUAAGUCAAACAGUUUCACGGCUCUGGGAAGCAUGUAUUACAUCCACAAAUCACUGAAAAAUAUCCAACAAUAUGACUUCAAUGUGAAGGAGUUUAAAGCCGUCUCGGGCUGCAACAAGUACGAGGGCUCACUGGAAGAAGUGACAACGGUGGAAAAAGAAAAAUUCCCAAAGAACUUCUGGCCUGAUUUCAAGUGGUCUAGGAAAGGCUAUAUGAGGACACGGUGGAUCAUUCACAACCAGGCUUUGGAUCUUGUGAAUAUUCACCUGUUUCACGACGCUUCCAACCUCAUAGCCUGCGACUCCAGUCCGUCUGUGUAUUCGACAAACCGCAAGACAGCUCUCAGAUACGUCAUCAGCAGGAUAUCAGAUAGCAGUCCUGUCCCCUUCUUCCUGUUUGGUGACUUCAAUUUCCGUCUUGACACGCUCAGUUUAGUACAGAAUCUCUCGACGUCUGCUGAUAUCCAGACGGUAAAGACGGUAAAAAACAAAGACAGUAGCAACGAGGUGGAAAAAAUCAUUUUCGAGGAGAAAGACAACGACCACAAGGUCCUUCUUCACAUAGAGACCAAGUUAUUCGCUUACUUGCACCAGGCCGUUUUCAGGGAAAACAACGGAAAAGAGCUCCUGAAGUACGAUAAGGAGAUCUAUGCAUUUCAUGAAAUCAUCACAGAGGAGGAUAUACAGUUUCCUCCUAGCUACCCGUACAGUGAAGACAACACUAAACCUACCCAAUACAUGAACACACGCUGCCCGGCAUGGUGUGACCGCAUCCUGAUGUCCCACGGUGUGAAAGACAUCAUCCAUCGGCGAGAAAAUGGUGAGAGAAAUGUUGUUUAUAACACACUGGGUUCCAAUGUCUGCAUGGGGGACCACAAGCCUGUUUUUCUCUGUUUUACACUGAAGACGAUUGCACAUUGACUCACAGGACUGGGAGAGUCGGAAGGUUUUGCUGUUAACGUGUACCCAGAGAUUAUUCCAUGGACAGAUGUACCCCUCAUGAACAGUCACGAAUAGACGCAACCUAUUCAGAUGCAACACCACUGAAAUCUCCACCAUGCGCUGCUCAUGCUGUAAAACACAAGAACCUCUCCUUUUCUGACAGCUGUUUUCUGAUUAUAAUUUCAAUAUUACUUCAGAAAUAGCUGAAUAAAUGGUAAGAAAUGAACAGAACCAAGAAAACCAGACAGAAAGUUCUCAAGGCACCUCUCAAAGCUUGGACUUUCAACACGGAAAUAAGCUUCAGACUGCGUAGCGCAUGUCAACUCAAAUUGUAUGCAAAAUACAAUCGCCUGAUUUCCUUUUCCUCGCUGUUUUUGUAAUGAUGUGUGUACAGGUAUGCAGAAAAUAUUGCAACAUAUCCAAACGCACAAGCUUUCGUCUGUAGAUGUUUUUAUUGACAUUCGUGUAUGUGGGUUGAUGCUCUUGUCCUAAACGCGGAACGUUCCGGUGGAACACUGUUCAGCUGCCGCUUUUUGGUUCUUAAACUUUGUGUUUGUGCGCGUGUGGAUUUAUAUUUGAAAUAUUAAGCGUGUGUUUUUGCAUUUACACUCACCUCAGCAGUUAUGGCGGUCACCCUCUCUUGAGCUUCAGUCAUUGUGUCUGUGGGGUUGUUAGUCAGACUCGGAUCGAUAGAAUAUGUACAGGACAGCAAGGGACGAGUUAAAAAGCCAUUAGCGCUUGUGAAUUAUGGAAAUCCCACACAGAGUGCUCUGGCCUGGACGCCCCUCAGACUUUUAAUUAGAGAAGAUGUGCGAUGGAGAAUGGUAAUGUGGAGUUUUGCACUCUCACAUGUGUUUGUUUUUAGCAGCGAUGAAUCUGGGUUCUAUUAGUUUAGUUUGAGUUUUUGUGUUGGGAAUUGUGUUGGGUUGCUCAGAUACGAUAAGGUGUGAAGUGGUACAAUGCUUUCUAAGGACCCCAUGAAAUCAAUUCAGGAGCUCCAUCUCUGGUAUGUUAGUGGUCAUCUAUAUGCUAGUGUACUCCAACAGGUUGACUAAAUGAACUUUAUAUUUAGUUUCUGGGAAAAUCACCAAUAUUAUUGACUCAUGGGGAAUAUAAAGAACAGUUCACCCCAAAAUGGAAAUUCUCUUAUAAUUCACAAUUAGUUUCUUCAUGAUACACCAAGAUUUGAAGUAAUUGAUAUGUUGUUUCGGUUAGAAUUUUCGUUAAAAAGCUCAAAAUAUUGUUUUCAAUACAAAAACAAAAGUAUGGUUUUGUUUCAGAAGACAUUUCGUCACCUUGGAAUUAGAACAUUCUUUCUGACAUUUUUGUCACAAUUGAGUUAUUCACAUAUUCUGUGACAACUCAUUUACAUUAUGGUUUUUCUUUGUGCUGUGUACAUUUUGGGACUUUUUCUUAUAAAAUGAAAAGGUUUUAUCUAAAGUCAAAUGGAAUGUAAAAACUUUAAAGCUUGUUAUCUCAAAACUGCUCAGAACACAGAACAUUAUAGUUCCAAGGCGAUGAUUUGUAAACCCACUAAAGUUAUUUUGGAACAAAUUUGAAUGAUUUUUAUGAAAUCCUAGUUUCCACAAUAUCAAACAUGAUUUUUUAAAUACUUGCCUCAAUAAAUUGCUUUAGGCAUUAAAAACAAGGUCUGACAUGUUUUAAAGCAUUCAUUUUAAAUUUUAAGACAUUUUUGAAAAAUGUUUGUUUCAAAAUGAGACCUUCCGGCAAUGCCAUCAUACAUAAUUAGACAUUUAAAAAGUACUUUUUUAAAGAAAAUUAUAAAUGUAAUUUUUUAAAAUGUGGAAAACAAUUAUCUUUAUUGUGAUCAUUUUUUGUGUGACUAAAUUAUAUGUUUUAUAUUUAAAAUCAUUGCUGCCAUGAUGUUUCAAUAGUUUCGUAAGAAUUACCAAUAUGUGCAUACUGUAUAUAUUUUUAUGUGCAUAUAAGUUUUAUUUUAGUAAAGAAACUGGAGUGUUCAACUGAAGAAAGAAAGUCCUUUACGGAUGCCAUUAGUACAUUUUGAGAGAAUUUUCAUUUUUGGGUGAACAACAUAUAUAGAUUUUUGUCUAAAACUGCUUUAUGGAUUUAUUAUGUCCCAUGAACUAAUUCCACCUUUUUUUGGGACUACCAAUACCAUGGCUGUAAUGAAAGCAUACGUAUGGCUAUUGGCUACAAGCACUUCAAAUCCCUAAUUUCCUGUUUUAAUAGGAAAUACGUCAGUACAGAAAUACUCAAAAUAUUUCAUUUUUAUCUGAACAAACUAUCUGAUAUAUGGCUAACAUGAAGACCAGUUGAAAAAAGCCCUAUAUAAGACAUCUAAAAUCUCAAUAUUUAAUUGUUUUUAUUGACAUUAUUGGGGAUGUUCAUCCCUUUGUAGUUGGCUGAAUAGCCUGGUUUACAUUGAUGUUUUAUUGGGCUCCAGAAUGGGUUUGAUUCCCAGGGAACACACAUACUGGCAAAAGAAAAUACCUUGCACUGUAAGUCGCUUUGUAUAAAAGCGCUUGCUGAAAGCAUAAAUGUAAAUGUACUAAAUUGAUUUAAGCACAAUUUCCAAUUUAAAAUGACUGUGUUUAGAAUGACUGCUCAUGGAAAGCCUUUUUUGUCUAGUACGAUUGCUGGGGGAAUAAUAGUCAAGUUGUGUUUAUUCAUAAAUUAGGAAAUGCAGUGAUUAGUUAAACUCUGUAUUGGUUGAGAAAGUAUUGCGGUAAAUAUGCUUUUCAACAACGUUUUUGUUUCUGAUAGACGGUUCAUUUACAUCAAAUCACACGACCUGUUAUCCACGAGCGAUCAGGUAUGACAAUUCUGUCAUUUCUCACCUCAACAAGAAUUUAUUGAUGAAAUCCGUAUAUUCCGAACCCCCCCCCCCCCGUGUAUAAUUUACGGGUAAGGGUUAAAUCGUACAGCCCACCUGUCAAUAAUAGACUUGUUGUAGUUGAUUCAUGGUAUGGUCGACAUAAUUUACUGUGCUCUGGGGCAUCACCUCAAGCUCCGCUUCAGUAGAAACAGCGUUGAUGUCAUUUAGCGUUUGCUUUUUUAUAUACAGAAACACUACAAUCUUUUGACAUGUCAUUUUUUGUGUUAUUUAGAGUACUUUCGCAUGCUAAGUAAAAUUUGUAUGUAGCCAUAUAUGUUUGCACUUGUUGGGAAUUAUUUUACUUUUUUUAUGAUAUGUAGAACAUACAACAAAGGUUUGUUAAAUAGCGUUUGUGAGAAAGCAGUCAUAGUGCUUAUUUUAAUUUGAUCCUUUUUAGGGUGUUUCUCUUUUCUUUGUGUUUAACUCUUCUUAUUCCAAAUCAUAUAAACAAAGCAUUGUCACAGGAUAAGACCAGAACCAAUGGAAAACUAAGUAGUAAUAGUGUAUACAGUAUCUGUCUAUUCAUGCGAGGGAAUGUUGGAUAUGGAAUUUAGCAUUAGGAAAUUGUUUUUGUUGUUGUAAAAUGCUGAAAUAUUGACCAGUCAUAUCCAUACCUCAGAAUUGGAACAGGAUAGAUAGCUUGAAAUAAUGUGGGGUAAUUUGUCACUAGUUCUUGCCCCACCUGUCAUGUUGGUUCUGAUAUACAGUAUGUAACAAUGUUAUGUUACUGUACUAUUUCAUGUAGCUAAGCAGGAAAAAAAUCCCAAAUUGUGGACAUAAGAUACUGUGCCAAACCCCCCCUCAAUUUUCCUAUUUUAUGUUUUUGGAAUGCAGUAAGAACCACAAUGCAUUUAUUCAGCCUCGGGUGCUGCUGAAUGUUGGAAAAGCCUGAAAGACUCCAUCACUGUACUUUCUUCAACAUUAAUGAAUGUUUUUUUUUGUUUCUUAAAUAUGAUACUGUGUUUUGUUUCCUGAUAAAAUGUAUAAAAUACAUAUAUUCAUUAACAAACAUGCACUUGAUGUAUUUCACUUAAAUUGGAUACACGAUAUGGACAAAAGUAUUGGGACGCUCCCUUUUAAUAAACAUGUUUAAUUCCAAUCAAAACAAAUGUGAACCCUAUAUCAUACAACACCAAUUUUGGAAGGGCCUUUGUCUUUGCCGAAAUGACCCUGUGGGAAAAGUCACGGAUGGGUUUGCGUGAUGAGUGUUUGACUCAAAGGUGUUCAGCUGGGUUCAGCUCUUGACCAGUCAAGUUCUUCUACACUAGACUAAAUUAAUCAUUUCUUUUUGAAUCUUGCUUUAUGCACAGGGACACUGUCAUGUUGGAAUAGAAAAGGGCCCUGCCCAAACAGUUGCUAUAAAAUUACAAGCACACAAUUCUAUAGAAAAUCAUUAUAUGCUGUAGCAUUAAUAUUUGUGCUUUUGUCCAUAUAGUGUAUUUGGUACAUGGACCAAAAUGGUAGUUACAACAGUAUUUGUUAUAAUAAUUAUUAUUAUAAUAAAAUAUACUCAUACACUGAAAACAACACAGUUUUACAGUUAUUUUUUUUACAG